GUCAUAAAUGAAAUGUGGACAUGGUGAUUGGCAAGGAACACUCUUGUUAGAAGAAAACGAUUCAGCGUUUACAACAACUUUUAGGGUAAUAAGAUAUCGAGUGAUGAAGACGGUGAAGAUGGAUAAAGCCAUUACAUCGCAAUAUUGACAAGGGAAACCGUCGGAUUUCUUUGUUAGCGAUGGCCAGCGGGAAUGACUUUAAUGAGUUGGCUAUAUCUCUCCAAAUUUCUUCACUGUCUACAAAGCCUGAUAAUGAAUCAAAAGAUUCAUCUGAUAAAAGAAUGAACAAUGACGUUGUGAACCAAAUAACUGUUGAUAAACAAGAUUUUCCCAGAAGUUUGCCAUUAGAUAAAGAUAUUGCAAACAUAAAUGAGGCAUUCGGAGGUGCGAAGCCAAAACAAGGUCAUUGGCACAGCGAUCGACAUAGGACACACAGCGGUAGUAGUCGAGAAAUACAAACCUUUGGGUAUGAAAACAAACAAAAGCAGUAUUCAAUACUUGAAAACAAAGAUCGCGAGGCAAGUUAUGUUGAACAAAACACAGACACUCGUCGACAAUCGAUAAUCAGUGAAAGUACGAGUUUGGCGUACGACAACCCUGAAUGGCGAAAUUUAGCAUCAGAAGAUAAAAGCAACUUAUCAGGCAAGCGAUUCCCAAUCAAUGCCGACGUGACAAAACAAAAAUCAUUCUUUAAAUCCGCAGAGAGUUCAAGAACAAUUGGAAACACAGCAAAUGCUGGUUUUGAUCCAGUGCCAGAUGUAGAUGCAAAACAUAAACGAGCAGAAAAUGAAGCAAAACUUAGUUUUUCUCAAAACGCAAACAUUAAUGGCAGAACAGGAACUUCCAGAAAUAAACUAAGUAAAGGAGGGACACAAAAUGCAAAUACUAUCAAUACACGUGACAAAAAUGUUCGAAAUAACGGGAAUACGAGGAAAACUGAUGACAAAAGAAAACAUACACAGGUUUUUUUUUGUGGUUUGUGAUGAAGUUUCAAAUGAGCGGAGAUUUCAAGAUCUUUUAUAUCAUCGGAUAGAUAGACCGAAGUGGUUGACCUUAGAGGUUAAAUGUGUGGAGAAAAUGGUAGGAUCAAGCGAAGGCUGCACCUUGAUAUCAGCGUCAUUUGAAAGUGCAAACACUGCCAAAAGAGCUGUGAAUCUUCUGCACAGUUCCAACAAAGUCUCGUCGAGUAAAAUACAUGGAUUCUUUAGCAAGGAAAAAGCUCUAGGUGAGAACCUGACAAACAAACGUCAGGCUGAAUUUCAAAGAGCUCUUGAAGAAUUGAUUGAAACAACAGAACUAGUUGUGGACAAACAUGAUGCAAAAAUUAAGCAAACGGAAAAUGAAAUGGUGGAAAUAGACAACGAUUUGCAUCGCGGAAAGCAAAUUCCAAUCAAUCAGUUUGACAAUCUUUCAAGCAAGAAGUCGGCUUUGGAUGACAAGUUGCAGGAGCUGCAAUCACAAAAAGGAGAGUUUUGUAAAUACAUCAAAGCCAUGAAAACAAAAAUUGAAGAUAUCAUACAGAGCGAUAGAUUCGUUAAUGAUUUAAAAGAAAUUCGAAAGGCUCUUGGGGUCGAGUGCCGGCGUUUAGAAGCAGCCCUACCGAUGUAUGCAAGAAGAGAAGACAUCAUAACAACUAUACGGAACAACCAAGUUUCUGUGAUCAUUGGCGAAACAGGGUCGGGAAAAUCCACGCAGAUGGUCCAGUACCUGUACCAAGCAGGAUUUGGAGACAAAGGCCUUAUUGCUUGCACUCAGCCUAGAAAGAUUGCAGCAAUCAGUCUGGCGACCCAUGUAUCCAAAGAACUAGCCUCAAGCGUUGGACAAAUCGUUGGCUACCAAGUAGGCAUGCAGAUGAAGAAAACAGAGAUCACAAAGGUUUUGUACAUGACUGACCAUUUGUUACUGAAUGAAUGUUUAGCAGAUAGGUCGUUGACAAAGUACUCUUGUGUAAUUAUCGAUGAGGCCCAUGAGAGAAGCAUUCACACCGAUUUGCUUUUAGGACUUCUUAAGCAGUGUAUGAAAACCAGGCCGGAAUUCAAAGUCAUUGUGACUUCUGCCACCAUUUACCCAGACAUAUUUGUUCAGUACUUUGGGGGACCACUUAAUUGCCCGGUUUUGAGUGUUUCCGGUCGUGCAUUUCCCGUAGAUGUCAUUUGGGAUCAUGACGAAAUGAACGAUAGCCCAUAUCCAAACGAUUUUGAGAAGAAAGCUCUUCAAAAAGCCAUCGACAUCCACACAACAACUGAUGUAAAUUCUGGGGAUAUCCUUGUCUUUCUUACAUCUGCUAUUGAGACAACACGGUGUGCGGAACGAUUCAAACAAAAAUGCGGAGACCAAACUUGCAUCUGUUUUCCGCUACACAGAAGAUUAAAGCCAGAGGAGCAACAACUUGUUUUCGACCCAACUCAGAAGGGAAAGCGAAAGGUCAUUUUCUCGACUAACAUUGCUGAGACUUCAAUCACCAUAGAUGGCAUUAAGUAUGUGAUAGACACUGGGCUGGCAAAAGAAAUGCGAUUUGAUCCAAAACGGAACAUGAGUUCUCUGGACGUUGUGUCGGUAAGCAAGAGCUCCGCCAAUCAGCGUAAAGGAAGGGCAGGAAGAACUGCGCCAGGAACAUGUUACAGACUCUAUGCCCAAACGGACUUCAGCAAAAUGGAUAAAUCUGGAACGCCUGAAAUAUUACGUAUCCAUGUUACUCAAGGUAUUUUGAAACUUUUGCAAAUGAAGGUAAAUCCUGUUGACUUUGAUUAUGUUCAGUCACCCUCAGAAGCGGCAAUGAAAAGCGCAGUCGAAGAGCUAAUGAGUAUUGGAGCUGUUGACGAGGAUGGAAUUACUGAGCUAGGAGAAUGGAUAGUGCGACUCCCUAUUGAACCAAGGCUUGGGUUGAUGGUUAAAACGGGAAUUGAUAUGGGAGUUCCUCUUGAAUCGUGUGUCAUUGCAACUUGUUGCAAUCAACAAGUGUUUUUCCGCGCUGGUUCAGAUGAAGAGAAAAAACUAGCUGAUAUGAAGAAGCUAGAGUUCUGUCACAUUGGAGGUGACUUACUGACUAUGUUAUCAGUAUAUAGAGAGUGGGAUAAAGUCAACGAAAAGGGAAAGGGCAAAUGGUGUAAUGCAAAUAGUGUGAAUGGAAAAUCAAUGAAAGUCGUUCGGGACAUGGUCAAUGAAAUAUGUACAUCACUGAAGAGAGAGUUGGAUGUGAAAAUUCAGCAUGAGUUUAUUGAAGUAGCUGAGGCCGAGUCACGUAUAGGAAAGUUGAUUUUUGAAUGCAUGUACUCUAACCUAGGUUAUUAUCUUGGUCAUGAAAGUGCAGGAUACCUGAUUGUAAACCGCAAUCACAGGGUACAGAUACACCCUUCUUCAGCCCUGAUUUCGUUAGGCCUUCAACCUGAAUGGAUAAUCUUCAACAAAGUUUUGAAAACCUCUUCAGAUUUUAUCACUGAGAUAACGCCAGUUCCAGAACAAUACAUUGAGGAGGCCGAGGGCUCAAACAAAAUUAAACUGAACAGAACAGCAUUGGCCAAUCAACGUAUUGAACGGGUAUGCACAAUUCCAAUUGGGAAACAUGUGUUUUGGAAGUUUGUUGGACCAAUGCACAAGGAUCGAAAGUCAUUAGAAGCGAACAUUCAAGAUGUUUGCAACGGUUCCAUUGUGAUAAUUGAAGCAAAUAAACGGAGAGGUGAAAUAGUGUUGUUUGCUGUCUCACAAUAUUCUGAGGUUGCGUUGGACAUACUUAAGGAAAACCUCAAACCAUUACCAGCUCAGCUAUUGAACGAACGAAUAGAAGAGGCCUUGGGCAAAUCAGGCGUUAGGGUGGUUAUAAAAGAAGGUGGUGAGGUUGCUGAUAUAUUGAUGCCUGAUCAAUACAGAGCCUGUAACAUCAAGGAGAACGAGUCUGGUAAAUAUCCCAUAGCGGAUGACGAGGUACACAGCGCAUUGUCAAAGUACGGACCACUAGAGCAGAUAUGGCAAACAACAGGACCGAAGAGCAAAAGCAGUAUAUUUUGGGGAAAAGUUACAUUUGCAAAUGAAAGCGAUGCGAAGAAAGCUGUAACUGGCGUUAUGAAAGAAGAUGACAGGUUGUUUUCUCUCGUUCCAAUUACUUUUUCUGCAGAACACCAAACCAACAAGGUUUAACCAUAAAGCUUAGCU